ACCCUGUUCAGACCAAGUCAGAGGCCAAGGAAGAGAACAUGAUGAUGGACCUUUUUGAAACUGGCUCCUAUUUCUUUUACUUGGACGGGGAAAAUGUUACCCUGCAGCCCUUAGAAGUAGCAGAGGGCUCUCCUCUGUAUCCAGGGAGUGAUGGUACCCUGUCGCCCUGCCAGGACCAAAUGCCCCCAGAAGCCGGGAGCGACAGCAGUGGAGAGGAACAUGUCCUGGCGCCCCCAGGCCUGCAGCCUCCCCACUGUCCCGGCCAAUGUCUGAUCUGGGCUUGCAAGACCUGCAAGAGAAAAUCUGCCCCAACCGACCGGCGGAAGGCCGCCACCCUGCGCGAGAGGCGGCGGCUCAAGAAAAUCAACGAGGCCUUCGAGGCACUGAAGCGACGGACUGUGGCCAACCCCAACCAGAGGCUGCCCAAGGUGGAGAUUCUGCGGAGCGCCAUUAACUACAUCGAGCGGUUGCAGGACCUGCUGCACCGGCUGGAUCAGCAGGACAAAAUGCAGGAGUUAGGGGUGGACCCCUUCAGCUACAGACCCAAGCAAGAAAAUCUUGAGGGUGCGGAUUUCCUGCGCACCUGCAGCUCCCAGUGGCCAAGUGUUUCGGAUCAUUCCAGGGGGCUCGUGAUAACUGCCAAGGAAGGAGGGACAAGCAUUGAUUCAUCGGCCUCGAGUAGCCUUCGAUGCCUCUCUUCCAUCGUGGACAGCAUUUCCUCGGAGGAACACAAACUCCCCUGCGUGGAGGAGGUGGUGGAGAAGUAACUCAGUGGUCCGGACGUUCUCCACGGAGCAGGAAGAUCCCACCCUCCCUGCUUCGCCUAAUCCUUUAGAUCACGUUACGUU